GAGCAUAAACUGGCCACAAUAUACUACCUCUGUAUCUAUUACGUUAUAACAAUUUCUACUUUUAGGUGUUUUUAUUAGUUGCAACAUUUUCCUUUUUAUGAAAGUUUUUAGGAUAAUUUGACUAUAUUACCCUUACUUCACCUACUUUUUUGAACCUGAUCAGUACUAAUAGCAGGGAUAAGUGGGUCAAUUAUACUCUUUUUUCUCAUCCCUUAAAGUUUGUGCAAAGAGGUGAAUGUUGUAACUAAAUAAAAACAGAGGUAGUAUUUCUUACUUCAAAACCUCAAAUUCCAGAAGAACGAAACAGAGAAUCAAUUCUUCCACUGUGUUUUCUCGUUAACUUGGUCUGCAAAUGGAUUACUUAUAUACUUGCGCGGGAAGCUUGAAAUCUGCCCCUGCUCCUUGCUUUUGUGGGAUUGUUUCUCAUGAUUCAAGGCGGAAAGCAUUAUUGUUGGUGGUUCAAAAGCUAUAGAGCAUUUAUCUUUUAUGUUUAACUCUGGCCAAGAUUUUUCGGUGAGGAUAGAAGAGAUUAGUCAACAAUUGGAAGAAAUUUUAAGCCAAACUGAGGGCUUAGGGCUAUCAGUUCAUGUGAUGCAUCAGCAAAUAGUACCCACAACAACAGCACCACGUUGGCAAAGCUGGCGAGAAUCAACUUCUUUAUUAUGUGAGCCAUUUGUAUAUGGACGGGAAGGUGACAAGAAGGAAAUCAUGCAUCGGUUACUACAUGACGAGAACUCAAGCUCUGGGAACUAUAUUGUGAUUCCUAUUGUUGGAAAAGGAGGCAUUGGUAAGACGACUCUUGCUCAACUUAUCUACAAUGAUGAAGAAGUGGACGUGUUUUCUUUGAAAGCAUGGGUUUAUGUAUCUCAAAUGUUUGAUGCUAAAAGGAUAACAACAUCAAUUCUGAAUUCAAUCACUGGUGAAGCCAAUUCAUUUUGUGAUUUAAAUCAAGCUCAAGUACGAUUGCAGCAAGUGCUUAGAAACAAACGAUUCUUGAUUAUACUUGAUGACAUGUGGAGUGUGAUGUACAGUGAUUGGGAUGACCUACGCACUCCACUAAGAGCAGGGGCAAAAGGAAGCAGGGUUAUAGUUACCACCAGAAUUCAGAAAGUUGCGAGAAUUAUGAAUCCACAAAUGAAUAAUAUGAUUUUAUUGGAGUGUCUUGCAGAUGAUGACUGUUGGCAUCUAAUUUUGCAACAUGCCUUUGAUGAUGCCAAUAUUGCCGUAAGUCCAAAUAUUAGUCUAACGAGAGCUGAAAUGGUAAGGGUGUGCAAAGGGCUACCCCUGGUAGCAAAAACUCUUGGAGGCCUUUUAAGGACCAAAGUGGAGGAGGAGAGCGAGUGGCAAGAGAGUCUCAACACUGAUAUUUUGAGCAUGAGUAAGAGUAGAGUUUUACAGGUAUUGGAGUUGAGUUAUUAUGACCUUCCAUCACAUUUGAAACGUUGUUUCUCUUACUGCGCUAUAUUUCCCAAUGAUCAUGCUUUUACAGAGGAGGAUGUCAUUUUGUUAUGGAUGGCUGAAGGCUUCCUACCUGAAAAUGUAGGGAACAAGCGAAUUGAAGACAUAGGCCAUGAGUAUUUCCAUGAGCUAGUAUCAAGAUCAUUUUUUGAACCCAGCACAAAAGGAUCAAAAUGGUUCAAAAUGCACAACUUACAAAGUGAUUUGGCCCGACAAGUUGUUGGUGAUUUAUGGUUGGUGAUGAAGGAAUGUUCAGUAAGGAAAGGUUAUAGAGCUCGACAUUUAUCUUUCUCCAAACUAGAUGAAUGUGAAGAUCUAUUUCAGUUUAAGAACAUAAGCCACUUUCGUACUUUUGCUCAAUUUGACAAGCAUCCCAGUUCCUCAAGCCGAGUACUUGAGCUUAUAGGACAUUUUCAGUACAUAAGGGUGCUAUUGCUACCGAGCCUGGGAAUUACAAGUUUUCCAGAAUCUAUAGGUGACUUAAAGCUCUUACGGUAUCUCAAUCUCUCAUACAAUGAUUUUGAUGAAUUGCCGAAUUCAGUAAGCAACCUUGUUAAUCUCCAAACUUUGUUGCUGAAGGGUUGCGUUAAACUUCAGAAAUUAUCGACGAAUAUGAGGUGUCUAAUCAACCUUCGCCAUCUUGAUAUUGAUGGUACCUCUCUGAAUCAGAUGCCAUUGGGGUUAGGGAAUCUGACAAACCUGCAAACGUUACACAGAUUUGUCUUAGGAGCUAAUGCACCCAUAAUAAAAGAGUUGAAGAACUUGAAGCAGCUUCGAGGAAAGUUAACCAUAGCUGGCUUAGAGAAUUUGGUGAACUCCAACGAUGCAGGAGAAGCAAGGUUGAAUGAGAAAUCGUGUCUUCAUGAGUUGGAGAUGGUAUGGGAAUGGGGAACCUUCACUAAUGGGAUUGAUGACAACACUAAGAUAGAUGUGUUAGAUCAGCUACACCCUCACAGAUCCACAAAAGUGUUAACUCUAAGAAACUACAAGGGAUUGACAUUCCCAAGUUGGUUGAGUGACCCUUCUUUCACUAAGAUGGUUGUCAUAAGGCUAAUAGGUUGUGAGAGAUGUGAAUCAUUACCAUCACUAGGGAAGCUUCCUUCACUGAAGGAACUUGUGGUUCAAGAAAUGCGCGGUCUUAAAUCAGUAGAUGAUGACUUUUACGGUGUUGGUUGUUCAAACCCUUUUCCGGCAUUGAAAACUCUGAAAUUCAAGUCUAUGUUUUCUUGGGAAAGUUGGUUAAUUUCAUCAGCUGAUACUAAGGGUUUUUCUAACCUUCAAGAGCUUUCAAUCAAGGAUUCUCCCCUCCUACAACAUUUAUCUUUACCUUCAUGUCUCCCUUUGUUAGAGACACUUGAGAUACAACAUUGUAAGAAGCUAGAUGCCUCACUUCCAACCCUCCCUCAUCUCCAGAAGUUGGUAUUAGAAGAUUGUUCAUCCCUUUUCAUGGUUGAUCAGCUAUCUACGACUCUUCGACAACUGGCUAUUUCCAAUUGCCGGAAACUACAGUUGGUGGAAUUCAGCAGACGAUGCUUCUCUCUUGAUGAAAAUAUAUCUCUAGAGGUUGUAGAAGUUGUCAAUUGCCAAUCUCUGUUAAAUUUUUUCAGUAGAGAUGGUAUUGAAGCUUAUAAUUCUUCUCCAACUUUAGGAUUGAUAGAUAGAGGAGAGCUUUCAUUGUUUAGAGAAGGUUUAAGUACAUCCAAACUUGGUUAUCUCACCAAAUUAACAAUAAGUGGGUGUCCUUAUCUCGUCUCAUUCCCAAAAGAUGUUCUUCUUCCUGGCCUACGAAAUCUUUUGAUUUCAGUUUGUGAAAACCUGGAGAAUCUCCCAAAUCAAAUGCAUAGCUUCACCUCUCUCCAAGACUUUAUUCUCACAAAUUGCCCAAAAGUCCGCUGCUUCCCAGAAGGCGGUCUACCCAUAAACUUGAUAUCAGUCUACUUCUAUGGACUUAACAUUCAGCAACCAUUUAAAGAGUGGAAGUUGCACAACCUUAAUUCUCUUCAAAAGCUAUCUGUUUCUGAUGUAGGAUACUCUUCAAAUUCAAUCCACUCCUUCCCAGAUGAUGAUGAUCAUUGUCUUCCAUCGUCGUUGAAUGGGUUAGCCAUCAGCGGUUUCCUGAACUUGAAAUCAAUAUCUUUCCUGGGUAUUCCGAAUCUCACUUCUCUUUCUAUCAGGAGAUGUCCGAAGCUUAAAUAUUUCGUCGAUGAAUGUCUACCUUCUGGACUUAGAGAUUUAGUGGUUGUUCAGUGUCCUUUGCUGAAGCAUCAAAUGGAAAAGGAUCCUCUUCGUCGCAAAUUAUCAUGUAUUACUCAUCUCCAUAUAUGCUAGUGUUGCAGUUGAUGUAAUGCUAAGUGUUAGAUCAUCAUAAAUCCCAACUAUGUACUGAAUUUUCUUUUAUGGUGUUAUACAGUGUUGUUCUUUAUUAUUUUCCCACUUGUUGAAGUCUUUUGUUUAUCUUCAUUAUGUAAAAUGUAUGUAAAUACAGGAGUUCAGCAAUGCACAUUGAGUCUGGUUUUUCUUUUCCUACAUA